UGUUUAUCUAAAAAUCAAUUAGGUGGUCAUAUUUCCAUAACACCACAGAUGAUACUUGCAGCGAUAAAAAGACUUCACUUACGUAAAGUUUAUAUUCCAUCGAAUCUCAUUAGCGAAUAUUUACGUGCUUCCUAUCCAGUUGAAAAUAAUGUAAGAAUGUUUACCGAAGAAUUGAAGAGAAAAUUGGAUUGUGCUGUACGUGUUGGAUUAAUAUUAAAACACGGAGAGGAUUUGUAUUAUUUACCUACUCUAAGGCAAAAAGCAAAUGCACUUAAACCAGCGUUCACUGCAUUUUGGGAGAUAUAUAAAAACUAUCCUAAAUUCCGUAUCUCAAAAGCUAGGAAUCAGAACAAAAAUCAUUCUACAUUAAAGAAACGAACUAAAAACAGGAAAUAUUCAAACAAUAAUGACAACCAUAAUAAAUAAAGACAUAAUGAAUUUUAAAUGAGACCUUAUUAUAUAGUAAUAAUAGUGGUAUAGUUUAUUUUCAACCUUCUGAUCAUAAAGGGAACUCGGUUUGCAAUUAUUUUUGCUAGUGCCUUGCAUUUUUAUUUAAUCAUCUAAAUACACAUUCAUACACUCACACACAAAACCUUAUUUUACUAUUACAAAUUUUCUUUUUUACUAUUACAAAUCUAUUGUCUAUCAUCUACCUAAUUGUUAUUGGGUCGCUCGAAAAAUUCGUUCCGAUUUUUAAGGACAAUUCAAACGCAGCACAUUUAAAUUUCGAAAUAGAUUUAUUGAAUUAUACAGGUACAAUUGUGUAAGUGCCAUUUUGUUCUACAACCUUUCUCAAUCUUUCACGUGACUUGAAUAUUAUACCCUCCUAGAACCUCUCACAUUUUUCGACGAAAAACUUUUCAAUAUGAUUUCUUACAUCGAUCAAAGAGUUAAAGUUUUUGCAAUAUCUGGUGAAUAUGGUGGGUAGGGUAGCACAUUCCAACCAAGCUCUAAUAGCUUUUGGGUUAAAGUUACAUUAAGUUACACUAACUUUACAUAAAGUUAAAGUUACAAGUUAAAGAUACAUGGGUCUCGCAUUGCUCUGAUGAAACACGACGUUCUUCCGAUUCACUAGUUCUGGACGUUUUUGUUCAAUUGCUGUCUUUAAUUCGUCUAAUUGCGAGCAAUACCUUUCCGAAUUUAUCGUCUGGUUGUUUGGUAGAUGCUUAUAAUAUAGAAUUCCUUUCCAGUUUCACCAGACACAGAGCAUAGCUUUCUUCAGAUGAAGACCGGGUUUUGGUAUGGCUAACACUAAACCUACUGUAACCACUUAAAUGAUCGUUUUUUAAAUUUCGUUUAGAAUUUUUUAUAUACAACGUUAUUGCACAGCCAUUUAGCUUCACGACUUUUCUUAUAAUAUACGUACAAUGAAUUUUUUAAUAUUCACUUCUUUUCUUAUUGUGUGUUUUCUGAGAAUAAUAUGUAAUCCGUCCUACCUAUUACGACUGGUCAUUUGACUGGUUAAACGAUUUAUAUUUUCUUGUAAUAGUAGUCUCUCUAAAACUCAAUUCUGAAACUGAAAGCGGAAGUAAACAGAGGCAUUUCGAAUGUUGGGAAUUAAAUGGGAUCUAUCUACUGCAAAAUUACAUGCAUAAUUUUUAAAACUAUAUGUUACGACCGUUCGCGGAGAGACGCGAUCGCGAGGAAAGCGCGUCAGCAAGAGGCAUAAAUUCUCGCUACGAUUCAGAUAAUCGACGCCGCGAAUUAGUCGUCGUUCCCCUGUUUCGGUUAAGAUAACAGAGGCGAUUUAAUGAGGUUAACACUGAAUUAACAAGGUUAACAAAAAAUGGUAUAUUGGACGAUACAUAAAACAAUAUAAUGAAACGCCACAAAUUAUUUUAAGGAUUAUGCAGUUAGUUUGAUACAAUAAUUCGACUCCACUUUACAGUAUUCCUUUAUGUAUUUGGUAGACUAGGCGACUUGGAUUUCGUUCGUAAGAUUCUCUUAGUGCAUUCCGUUCGGAUCCUCAAUCGAUACUGAUUGCCUUUCGAUGGGCCCUUUGUGUUCUAUGGGAGGCGAUCCCCACCAUGCUCGGGUCACGCCACCAAUCACGCCAUGAUUACGCGUGUCACCUUAUGAGUGCAUUUAAAAUAACGGAACGAAUAUUUAAAACUGAAUAUUUAUUAUAGAUUAACUACUUUAACAAGAUUUGCGCUUUAAUGAAAUUUAUUUAGACACUGAGAUAUAACUUAUAUGAGAUAUAACUAUAACUAACUAAAAAUCACUGAUAAGUUGUUAUAUUACUUAUCUAUGUGCUGAUAAAAUACAUUUGUAAAAUACAUUAUACUGCCCUUUAUAGGAAACAAAUGGAAAAACAAAAUAUUGACAUAUGAUCAAUUUUAUUAGCCUAUAAUAACAGAAAUUUAAAAUAAAAAAUAGAAUUGUGUAUUCAAUAGAAUGUGAAAUAUUCCAAGUAAUUUCUGAAAUAAUAACAAUAACGUUCAGCCUCCUGUCAUUGAAUUUUCUCCAGCAAUCAAUACACAGAUAUAAAUACUUAGAAACAUUAGUCAUAGAUAAAGUCAAGAUUCAAAAAGUCAAGCAUAAUUAAGUACGUGCUUAUUAGAGAAAUAAUAUUCAAAAUCAAUUUUUUUUAAACAAAGCCUUGUAUGAUAAAAUUUGAUUUCUAUUUCUUAUAAAUCAUACCCU